CAUGCAGUGCACUGUGGUGACCCUUAGCUGGGUGGGCUCUGUUUUGUCUCUUGGAGUGGGAUUGCAUAUAGUGGCUGUCAGUGCUGAGCCGAGCUGCUGGAUUCUUCCCCAGUUUCGCAACCGAAACAAGGAAAAGGGAAGAUUUUUGUCGCUGCAGACAGGAAAUAACUUCACUUGAGGCAGGCAUGAAGAGAGCUGUGGUAUUUCUGAUCACUGUCUACGGCUCAGUGCCUGUUGUUCUCUACCUGUUCCCCUGGAUACUGGGACACGUCAUAUUUUCUCACAUGUUGAGGUUUCCAUUCUUUGUGGAUCUCAGCAGACCUGAAGACGUGCUGAACUACACAUCAAACUUCUACCUCAACACAGAGGAGGGUGUCUCAGUGGGUGUCUGGCAUACACUCCCUGCCAACCAAUGGGAGAAGGCCGCAGGGAGAAGCUCUGAGUGGUACCAGGAGACUCUGGGAGACGGGCGUCCUGUUAUUAUCUAUCUCCACGGCAACGUAGGGACGAGGGCCGUACGUCACAGGGUGGAGCUGGUGAAGAUUUUAAGUGCUGCGGGCUAUCACGUCUUAUCUUUGGACUACAGAGGUUUUGGCGACUCCACUGGGGAACCAAGUGAAGCUGGACUGACCAGUGACGCCCUCUACCUGUACCAAUGGGCAAAGCAGCAAAGCAGGGAUGGUCUCGUCUGUCUAUGGGGACACUCGCUUGGCUCUGGGGUGGCAACCAAUGCUGCAGUCAAGGUCCAAGAGCAAGGGUCUGCUGUUGAUGCUGUCAUCCUCGAAGCUCCAUACACGACAAUUGGAGACGCGGUAGCCAAUCAUCGACUUGCUAAGAUGUACAUGUUCCUUCCAGGAUUUAAGAGCUUGCUUUGGUACAUACUGGAGAUGAACAACAUUGUAUUUGCUAACGAUAAAAACUUAAAGGUCUUGACCAGCCCACUUCUUAUUCUGCAUGCAGAGGAUGACAAGGUUGUUCCUUAUCAAAUGGGCCUGGAGGUACUGCAACUCUUUCUGUACGCUUUAUUUGACUCAAACUUUACUGCCUCCUCUCUGAAUUACUUUUUUGUUUGUUUUUUUUUUUGUCUACAGCUGUACCAGAUUUCACUGCAGGCUAAGAAAAAACAUAACACAGAUGCUAAGGUGGAAAUGGUGUCCUACAGUGCAAGUCUUGGAUUGUCCCACAGCAGCAUCUACUCAGCUCCCAAUCUGUCAGAUGUGGUCGGGAAAUUUCUACAAAACCUCAAAGAGUAGAUUGGCUUUCCCUCCUCCAGAGAAGACUCCAUCAUACAGAUUUAUUUUUAAUACAAAACGCAUGUGUGUGUGUGUGUGUGGGGGGGUAAAGCUCAAAUUAUACGCAAUAAGUUUUUAUAUCAACAAGAACAGGAGCAAAACACCGUGGGUCACAAAUCAAGUAGGUUUGUAUCUUUACUUAGCCAAGUUAUACUGAUACAGACACAAGUAAACGGUUUCAGUCUGCCUUGUGUAUAGACAGGCUUUGUCACUCAGCACAUGAAUGUGUCGCAUGAAUGUGAAUACAAAUUCUGUUCAGUCAGCUGCUCCGUUAAUGUCAUCCUGCUGAAUUCCUGUCAAUUGUGCACAAAGAUCUCUCAGCUCUGCACGCUGACACUUGGUUUACUGUAUGCGUUGGUGCUAAAAGACUGUAACAGACAAUUUCUAAAACGAGUGCUUUGACUCAGGUGCACUGACAAUAAAAUGGUUCACAAAAUGAAAA